CAGCUCUUCCUGACUGGAUCUGCCACUGGAGCCUCUUCCCCAGACCAGCUACAGCGCUGAUGACAUCACGCGUUUGCUCCCGAGCUGCAGCAAUGGCACCCCCCAAAACACACACAGUGCAGCAUGCAUUGCUCCAGCUGGCGUCUGUCAUUGAAGCCCACAGUCUGCAUGGAACUGUCAGACACACCCUGCAGAAAACCAUCCCUAGACUGGAGUGUGUCUAUUUGUACCUGGAUUUGGGGUCCAAUCGGCUGCUGUGUGACGACCCCAAACAUGAAGUGCCAGCUGAGGGGAAGCUCAGGGAUGAGGUGAAUCAGCACAAGAGGCUGCAGUGUGCUGGUCUUCCCUCAGCUGAGCUGCAUGAGACUCAGAGGAGCAGCCUCGCCGCCCCCUUGGCCCCUGACAAGCAAGCUGUGAUCAUUCCUCUGGUGGAUGAGGAUCUGGGCUCAGUGAUCGCUGUGCUGCUGAUAUGCUGUCAGAAACUCAGUGAUCAGGAUGAACAACACCUCCAUGCAUUGGAGCAACAUGUUGGCGUAGCCUGUAAGCGUGUUCGAGCUCUGCAGAAGAAUCCAACAUGGCCGCCUCCCCCACUCUCGCCAGCACCUUCCCAGCAUGCACUGCAGUCCAGUGGCGCCAAAUCGCACGAGGACCACUGGGAACUGGACCAAAAGAUCUUACAGCUGUGUGGUGAACUCUAUGACCUGGAUGCAGCCUCUCUUCAGCUCAAAGUCAUCAACUACUUGCAGAAAGAGACACAGUCACUCUGCUGCUGCCUGCUGUUAGUAUCUGAAGACAAUCACCAGCUAUUCUGUCAGGUGGUUGGAGACAAAGUUCUUGAGGAAGAAAUCAGCUUUCCACUCAUGUGUGGGCGUUUUGGUCAAGUGGUGGAGAAGAAGAAAUCCAUUACACUGCAGGACAUCAGCACGGAGGAGUGUGUUCAUCUGAGCAGUGUGCUGGGCUGUGAGGUUCGCUCCAUGCUGUGUGUUCCUGUCCUCAGCAGAGCUACUGGACACGUGGUGGCCAUCGCAUGCGCCUUCAACAAGCAGGGGGGACAGAGACACACGUGUGCUGAUGAGCAUGUGAUCCAGCACUGCUUCUGCUACACGUCCACUGUGCUGACCAGCACCCUCGCCUUCCAGAAGGAGCAGAAGCUCAAGCAGGAGUGUCAGGCUCUGCUUCAAGUGGCCAAAAACCUCUUCACACAUCUGGAUGAUGUGUCUGUGCUACUGCAGGAAAUCAUUGUGGAAGCCAGGAAUUUAAGCAAUGCAGAGAUUUGUUCUGUAUUCCUAUUGGAUGAGCACAGUCACGAGCUGGUUGCUAAGGUGUUUGAUGGGGGACUGGUGAAUGAAGAGGAGCAGGAGUUCCGUAUCCCUGCGGACCAGGGCAUAGCGGGCCACGUGGCCACGACGGGGAAGAUCCUGAACAUCAGGGACGCGUACUCACACCCGCUCUUCUACCGCGGCGUGGACGACAGCACCGGCUUCAGAACACGCAACAUCCUCUGCUUCCCCAUCAAGGACGAGAACGGAGAAGUGAUUGGUGUGGCUGAGCUGGUGAAUAAGACCAAUGGGCCCUGGUUUAACCGCUUUGAUGAGGAUCUGGCAACCGCCUUCUCCAUCUACUGCGGAAUCAGCAUCGCACAUUCCCUGCUGUAUAAGCGGGUGCAUGAGGCGCAGUUCCGCAGCACGCUAGCCAAUGAGAUGAUGAUGUACCACAUGAACGUGUCACAAGAGGAAGUGAUGUGUCUGGUCAGCCGCGGGCUCCAGCCCGUCCACUCCCUCCACUCCGACUUCGCCCAGUUCACCUACACACCGCGCUCGCUACCCGACGACAACACCCCCACGGGUAUUCUGAGCAUGUUUGAGGACAUGGGCUUCAUCAACACAUUCAAAAUCGACCUGAACACACUGGCCAGGUUCUGCCUGAUGGUGAAGAAGGGCUACAGGGAUCCUCCGUAUCACAACUGGAUGCACGCGUUCUCUGUGUCCCACUUCUGCUACCUGCUCUACAAGAACCUGCAGCUCUCCAACUACCUCGACGACAUUGAGAUCUUUGCCCUCUUCGUCUCCUGCAUGUGCCAUGAUCUGGAUCACCGCGGUACCAACAACUCCUUCCAGGUCGCUUCGCAAUCUGUUCUGGCCGCCCUGUACAGCUCAGAGGGAUCAGUAAUGGAGAGACACCACUUUGCUCAAGCCAUCGCCAUCCUCAACACUCGAGGGUGCAACAUCUUUGACAAGUUCUCCAGGAAGGACUACCAGCGGAUGCUGGAUCUGAUGCGUGACAUCAUCCUGGCCACAGACCUGGCUCAUCACCUACGCAUCUUCAAAGACCUGCAGAAAAUGGCUGAUGUGGGUUAUGACCCUAAGGACCAGAAUCAUCACAGCCUGCUGUUGUGUCUGCUCAUGACCUCGUGUGACCUCUCUGACCAGACCAAGGGCUGGAAGACCACGCGCAAGAUCGCGGAGCUUAUCUACAAAGAGUUCUUCUCUCAAGGGGAUUUGGAAAAAGCCAUGGGGAACAGGCCCAGUGAGAUGAUGGACAGGGAGAAGGCCUACAUCCCUGAACUGCAGAUCAGCUUCAUGGAGCACAUCGCCAUGCCCAUCUACAAGCUGCUGCAGGAGCUGUUUCCUGGAGGGGCGGAGCUUUACGAGCGCGUGGCAGCCAAUCGGGAGCAGUGGACCAAGGUCUCCCACAAGUUCACCAUUCGCGGGUUGCCUAGCAACAACUCGCUGGACUUCCUCGAUGAGGAGUAUGAUCUGAUGCAAUCCCAGGGUGCAUUUGGAGAUGACCCCCCCUCUCUCAACGGUUGCCUGGACGACGACCCCACGCAGCAUGAUAAGUGACAUCAUAGUGAUGUCAGCGGUGCUCAGGGGUCACUGGGGGCGUAACCCGGGUGAUGUCUGGGCACGUUGCCAUAGAGACUCUUCCUGUGUCCAGAGGAGAUUCAACAACAAGAACGAUGAUGUCAUGACUGUCGCCUGAAAAAUACACACACUCACACACACAUACACACACUUCAGAGAUAUAGUGUGUGUGUGUGCGUGUGUGUCUUAUGGUCUGAGUGUGUGUGUGCGUGUGUGUGUGUGUGUGUGUGUGUGCUUUGUGACUUGUGAGGGUGAGUGUGAGUGUGAGUGUGUGUGACCGGUGUUUACUUGAUUCUGUAAAUUUACAUUCUGUCAGCAGAGCUCUAGAGGACAAAAUCAGUAAGCGCUUGUAGUUGCUUCUGCGUGUGUGUGUGUGUGUGUGUGUGUGUGUGUGUGUGAGUGUGUGUGAGUGCACUUAUGCUGCAAUGUUCACGUAACAGAAGAUAUGAAAACAACACACACACACACACAAAUGUACAUAUGACAGUGUCUAUGAAUAAGCAGAGCCACAAUAUUACACAGAGAACUAUACCCACACACACACAUACACACACACACACACACACACACACACACUAGAACAAGGAGACCAUUUCCAGCCACACAAUUUCAUGUGUGUGUGUGUGUGUCUGCAGAUCAGUAUGAGAUGGACUUGCCUUACCAUGUCUGCAUUGCCUUUGAAAGACUUUGGAUUUUGAGGUGAACACAUGCCAUUGUAAAUGCAUUAUAUAUAGGUGUGUGUGUGUGUGUGUGUGUGUGU